UUUCCACCAACUAGUCCUUUUUCUUCAAAAAAUUUGUUUUCAACUUCUCUAAAGAAAUAAUGGCAUUUCUUUUGCCAAUGAUAAUUCAAGCUAAGAUGCAUAUCCUCUUCCGCACACUUUCCAAAGGCAAAAAAGUAUUGUCAGCUAAUAAUAUACCAAAAGGAUAUUUAGCAGUAUAUGUUGGAGAAGAGAACAAGAAGAGAUUUGUUGUUCCAAUAUCAUAUUUGCAUCAACCUGCUUUUCAACAAUUUCUUUGUAAAGCUGAAGAAGAAUUUGGAUUUAAUCAUCCAAUGGGCGGUCUCACCAUUCCUUGCGGAGAAGACGUCUUUGUUAAUGUCACCUCUCAAUUUAAAAGUUAAUUACAACAACAAACUCAAAUAUUUUUUUCAGUGAUCUCCGAAAAGCAUGCAAAUGCCAUAUGACUGCGAUUUCCUACCAAGACAUGAAGCCAUAAUACUUUGUAGCAUGUAGAAAUUAACAUAGGCCAUGCAUUUAUUUUGUUAUAAUUUUGUACUUGAAUUGUUUAUUCAUUUUGUUUAACACAAUCACAUGAUGUCUACAAUUAAUUACUCAAUAGAAUUAAUCUAGAAGCGUUUAGAUACCGGCGAGAGAGACAGUUACCAGCUCUCACACGCUGAUUUGGUGGCAGCGCAUGGAAAGGAAUAUGGUGGAAAUAUAUGUUGGUGCACACUGGUGUGUCACAGUGUUUAAGGGGAUAACAGGUUAUAGAACAAUUGGAAAGUGUAUACGAUAGUGGCUGGAUAAAAUGUUCAAGAAGAAAAAUGUAGAGCAGUUUUAGAAACCACUAAUAUUGAUACCGUGUAAAUUUUAUAAAUUUUGUUACUUUACA